AUGUCAUGGCGGGCGUCCGAGACCCUGAUGGACACCAUCCGGCACUACGCCAAGUUCCCAGCGACUGGCGUGAGCUUGCGCCAGAUGGUGCAGUUUGGCGAUAAGCCGUCCACAGGAACCCUCUUCCGCGCCUCACAAUUCCUGGCCGAGGAGCUGCCAAUCCGCCUGGCGCACCGCGUCGAGGAGCUGGAGCUGCUGCCCGACGGCCUCAACGACAUGCCCUCUGUGAAAAAGGUCAAGGACUGGUAUGCCCAGUCCUUUGAGGAAAUCACCCAGCUCCCUCGACCGCGCCUCGCCAAAGACAUCAAGGAGCGCCUCAUGAAGCCCGCCAAGUUUGGCAGCCGCGGCGGCUAUGCGCAGCUCUCCGAGUCGACGCCGAACCCGUCCAUCGACGAGGGCGAGGCCUCGGGCUGGGGUCGCCUGCACCUCAACGGCAACGGCCACAGCAACGGCAACGGAUACAGCACAUCAUCAAACGGCCACGGCAAGGCCCGGUCCGUUGCGCGGAGAUACUUUGCCACGGUCGACGACACGGGCGACUGGCCGCCCGAGCUGCAGCUCUACAACCAAAAGUUCGCCCAGUGCCUGCACAAGAUCAAGCGGCGGCACGACAGCGUCGUCACCACCAUGGCCCAGGGCAUCCUCGAGUACAAGCGGCGGCGCCAGCGCAUGCAAAUCGACUCCAACAUCCAGUCCUUCCUCGACCGCUUCUACAUGUCGCGCAUCGGCAUCCGCAUGCUCAUCGGCCAGCACAUUGCCCUGACCGACCAGAGCCACCACCGCGACCCGACCUACGUCGGCGUCAUCUGCACAAAGACAAACGUCAAGGAGCUGGCCCAGGAGGCCAUUGAAAACGCCCGCUUCGUCUGCGAGGACCACUACGGCCUGUUCGAGGCGCCCCGCAUCCAGCUCGUCUGCAACCCCAACCUCGACUUCAUGUACGUCCCCGGCCACCUGUCGCACAUGCUCUUCGAGACGCUCAAGAACUCGCUGCGCGCCGUCGUCGAGACCCACGGCAUGGACAAGCAGGAGUUCCCCGUCACAAAGGUCAUUGUCGCCGAGGGCAAGGAGGACAUCACCAUCAAGAUCUCUGACGAGGGCGGCGGCAUCCCCCGCAGCGCCAUCCCCUUGGUCUGGACAUAUAUGUACACCACCGUCGACCGCACGCCCAACCUCGACCCGGACUUUGAUAAGAGCGAUUUCAAGGCCCCGAUGGCCGGCUUCGGAUAUGGUCUGCCUAUAUCAAGAUUGUACGCCCGCUACUUUGGCGGCGACUUGAAACUCAUUAGCAUGGAAGGAACCCCUGCCUCGGCCCUCAGCAUCCGCAGCAAGCUCAAGAGCAACAGCAAGCGCGAGGUCACUGAGCGCCGGCAGGUCGGGGACGCAGAGGCGGUGGUGAAUGCGCCUCCGAGCAGCUUCCUCCACAAGGACGACAAGCAGCUGUAA